AUGGCCGACUCCAACCCAUCCAACUUCGCCAACCUUCCCAAGGAGACUGUCAAGGAGAUCGCGAGCAUGGGCGGGAAAGCCAGCCACGGUAUGAAUGGCACCAACGGCUCCGACCACGCCGCCGACAAGUCCCACGAAGGCCGCAACCCAGACAGUACUUUCACCAAAGGCUCUGAUGCUGCCUCCGCCGCUGGUCACCUCGGUGGCCUCCACGCCGCGGGCAAGGAGGAGUCUGGGAAGGAAGGCAACGGUCGUCGUGAGGAUGGCACGUUCUUGCCGGGAAGCGAGGCCGCCGCGAAGGCUGGUCACAAGGGCGGCGUGGCUGCUGCUACCUCUGACAACUAG